GGGAGCCCGGAAGUCCGCUGAUGGCUGUCGGUCCUUGCUGGGUGGCGGUCCGGGCCUGCCAGCGAGGUAAGACCAGUACCGGCCUUCCUGGACAUGGCCCCUCGGGCGGGCGUCGGGGCUGCGGCCGCCGGCGCAGCCGUUGUUGCGCUGCUCUCGGCCGCGCUCGCGCUCUACGGGCCGCCGCUGGACGCAGUUUUAAAAAGAACAUUUUCGCUGCAUAAAGCACAAGCGAUAAAGGAUAUGGAAAAUACUUUUCAGUUGGUGAGAAAUAUUAUACCUCCUCUAACUACCAAGAAGCACAAAGGGCAAGAUGGAAGAAUAGGCAUCGUUGGAGGCAGCCAAGAGUACACUGGAGCCCCCUAUUUUGCAGCAAUCUCAGCUCUCAAAGUGGGUGCAGAUUUAUCCCACGUGUUCUGUACCCGAGAGGCCGCACCCGUGAUCAAGUCGUACAGCCCGGAGCUGAUUGUUCACCCAGUUCUUGACAGUCCUGAUGCCGUUGGUGAAGUGGAGAAGUGGCUGCCCCGACUGCAUGCCCUGGUCGUGGGGCCUGGCCUAGGGAGAGAUGACGUUCUUCUUGGAAAUGUCAAGGGCAUUUUAGAAGCGUCAAAGGCCAGAGGUAUCCCCAUCGUCAUUGACGCAGACGGGCUGUGGCUGAUCACCCAGCAGCUGACCCUCAUCCAAGGCUACCGGAAGGCCAUUCUUACUCCCAACCACGUGGAGUUCAGCAGACUCUCUGAAGCUGUGCUGAGAGACCCUGUGGACAGCGGUGAUCGCCGUGGAGCUGUGCUGAGGCUCAGCCAGGCCCUGGGGAAUGUGACCGUGGUCCAGAAAGGGGAGCAGGAUGUGAUCUCCGAUGGCGAACAGGUGCUCGAGUGUAGCCAGCUGGGCAGUAACCGCAGGUGUGGUGGGCAAGGAGACCUCCUGUCGGGCUCCCUGGGAGUCCUGCUGCACUGGGCGCUCCACACCGGCCCUGAGAAAACAAAUGGUUUCAGCCCUUUCCUCGUGGCUGCCUUCGGCGCAUGUGCCCUCACAAGACAGUGCAACCACCAAGCCUUCCAGAAGCACGGCCGCUCCACCACCACCACCGACAUGAUCGCAGAAAUUGGAUCUGCAUUCAACAGACUCUUCGAAACCUGAGCCAGUGCAAACAGGAAGUGGGCACCAUGGUGGAAGAGAUUGUAUUCAUAACGGGAAAAGGCACGUCUAGGAUGUAUGAUGGGUCAACGUAGAGAAUUUAAGAAUGCAGCAAUUUUUGGUUAAACUAAUAUGCAGUUUGAGAUGUUACAAUGAGUCUAAACAAAGUAUUCCUGACCUUUUCUUAGCUUCUCAGCAAUAACUGAGAAAAAAAUGGAAAAUCACUUAAGAAUGAGAAAGUCUUUGACCAGGUCAGCUGAAUUUGUGGGCUUAUUCCAAGAUCGCAGACUUCUGGUUUAGUCUCUGAGCUUAUGUCUUCUCAUUCUCUCUACUGACGCACUUCCUGCUCCUUUCAUUUAUGCCAUAUGUUCCCCGUUUUAGAUGGUCCUCUCAGAGGGAGCCAGUCGGUCAUUUCCAAGUGUCUGUGUGAAUGAUGCGUUUUUCUUUUUUCAGUUGAGACCCACCAAAGGAUGGGGUGGGCAUUCAUUCUUUAGCUCAUUUUUGUUUUUUAAAUAGUGAUUAUGUUGAAAAGGUCUGGGCAGAAAUACGAAGCAUUGGUUAUUUUGAUUAAUUGGUUAAAGUAUUCAGAAUAGUCAGUGAUCAUUUUGACCUUGGAAAUCCUUUUGGAGGCACUGUGGGAAAGUCAGAGAAGGAAACUUAAUGGGACACUGAUACCUGAAUGCUCAGGUGGGGGCUCUGGUGUCUUCUACUUCUCCAUGUCUGCACACAAGUGCGUGUGCUGGCUGACGAGGCCCAGCAGAGUGUGCACGAGUGGAAGAACACCCGAGUGUCACCGUGCUGUUCCUGAGAUGGCCCAUUGGUGUGCUCUCGGGUGGAAAGCUUCGGGAUGCUGGGUCUAGUGGGAGCUGCUCCAAGGAGACCCUGGAAGGACUGAGCUUCGGUGUCAUACUUGCUUCCCGCGCAGUCAUACCUGCUUCCCGCGCACAACGGCCGUCCUUGUGGCUUCUCAGGAAGAUUCAGUUUCCAUUAAAGAAGGUGAUUUCUCUGAAAUAGUAGUAAAUGAAGAUUUUUCUUGUCUUGUUAGCCUCUGGUUCAUUUAGUUGUCUGUGUGGAGGGUUGUACGGGUGGUUUUCUUAGUGGCCUGAGUGUUACCUGUUUUCAGUCGUCAUUUCUCUGUGGGGUUUGGUUCCUAACACAUUAUUUGAGUGCACUCUUACUGUUUAAUAAAUGUCUUCUAUAAAGGUAAGACCUGUCCGGUCCCUUUAAAAGUCGGUCUGCUCUUGCUAGUUACUGCUGGGUGAAGCUUGGUGCUUCAGACGCCUCACCCCAAACGGUCCUUCUUUCUUGAAACUGGCCAUGAACUUUUAAGAUUUCUUUAAAAAUAUUUGUAACUUAUUUCACAUCUAACUCUAGAAGCCUCACUACUUAUGUGAACUUUUCCAGAAAAACUGUCAUGGACAUUUUUAUUUUGGAGUAUUACAUCUAAAUCCUUAUAACUAUUAAAAGGCAGACCUGCUUUAUUUCAAUGUAGAGUUUUACAUUUUUUCUUAAACAGCCAGAACCCAUCUUUCAACUUUCCUAAGUUGAAGAUAUUGUCAGGUACAAGGGAGAUAAAAAUAUUUAAGUUUUUUAUGUAUCUAAAGUGUUUUUGAGCAGGGCCUACCAAUAUUGUUAAAAUGAAGUAAUUUGAAGAAUAAUGAAAUGUUGCUAUUCACUAUAUAGAAAAU